UUGGCUGUUGCACUUGGUACCCAUGUCUUAGGAAUUGUUCUCGCGAUUGUUGGAUUGUCUGUUGGAGCCGCGUUUUGGGCUAUACUGAGUUCAACUUGUACCGACACUAGUUAUAGUUAUGGUACUUAUUUCCGCUUCAAUCGUGACGGCUACUGUUCUUGUUAUUACAGCAGCAGCGUUGAGACAUGUAAGUUGUUGAUUUUGUUUAUUCUCUCGAUAAGUCUGAAUUCCCCAUAUUGGUCUUGCGGAGUCACGUGGAAUAUUGCAAGCGAUGUUAAAAGUCAAUUCUCAUGUCGUUCUCUUAGAUCCGGCUAGCUGCUCCGACCUGAAAACUGUUCGCGAAGCCACUGGUGCAGUCACGAUCGUCUUUGCUCUUUUUGCUAUCGUCACUUUCGUGGGAUCAAUUUAUGGCUGCAUUGGAACUUGCUGUGCACCACGG